AUGGAAACAAAUAACAAUGUUGACGAUAUUCCUACUGCGGAACAAGUGAAGAAUCUGUUAGAAUAUCUCGAUAUUUUAUAUCCUGGAGGCAAACCAAUCCUUCCAGAAUACAACUCACCCACUGGAUCUACUUUCUACGAAGAUGAAGUCUAUAAAUUCAUUACUCUGCUGACUACAGAUGGUUGGAAAACAGUUUAUAAUGCAAUCGAAACUCAUCGUAUUAUGAGAGAUCCAGAAAAAAUUCGUAAUGCUACCUGGCAUGAAAUUAAAAGUAUUUUCUCGUCUUGUAGAUACGGUGAACGUAUUUGUACCGGAUUCUUCGGUGGUGCAAUUAAAAGUGGACUUAUACAGCGUGUACUUCUCAGAGUGAAAGAACUGGCACAACAAUAA